GUACUGACUGUUAAAGGUUUUUCGUCGUGGAAGGAAAUGUCAGAAAGUAGAGGAGGAAAAAAUUUACAACGAAAAAUAUUUUUCCUCCAUUGCUUGGAGAAUAUCGCGAAAAACCAUUAAAAUUGUAGUUUUCCUAAAGAGUCCCGUAAUAUAACUACCAAUGUGCAUAUAUGAUUUUUUAAUAUUGUACAAUACCUAGAAUAAAAACGAAAUAAUUAGAAGUGGUUAAGUGACACGAAAACAGUAUAGCAAAGGGAGGAACAGUAAUAACAGCAACAAAGGAAAGGUGUAAAGCAAAAUCGUAGCGGAGCGCCACUUCACCAAUUGCAAAUAUAGCGUUAAAUGGAAUUUACGUAUUUUUCUCAGAAAAAGGUUAUUUAAACAGCAACAUAUUAAACAUAAUUCACAAAAAGAGCCUUCGCGUGUGCAAUAAAAAAAGAUUACAUAUAAAAUGAAUCGAAGUGAUGGUUUGGUGAGACGCGCCGUAAAAACACGGGACAAUGGCGCCGAAGGUGGUGCCUACGGACAAAAUGCAAACACAACGGAUGAAGAUAAUGAUUUAAACAACAGUAAUAGAGAUCAGGAGGAAAAUAUUGAUGAUGGUGAUUCCAAACAGACACGUCUAACACUGAUGGAAGAAGUUUUACUGUUGGGAUUAAAAGACAAAGAGGGCUACACAUCCUUUUGGAAUGAUUGCAUAUCGAGUGGCUUGCGUGGCUGCAUUCUCAUUGAGCUUGGAUUGCGCGGACGUGUCAUGAUGGAGAAAACAGGCAUGCGCCGGCGAGGCUUGUGUUCCAGAAAACUAAUUUUAAAAUCAGAUCAACCGACCGGUGAUGUGCUGCUUGACGAGGCACUCAAACAUAUUAAAGAAACAGAUCCACCAGAAACUGUGCAAAGUUGGAUUGAAUAUUUGAGCGGCGAAACAUGGAACCCUUUGAAAUUACGCUAUCAACUGAAAAAUGUACGCGAACGAUUGGCAAAGAAUCUGGUUGAGAAGGGUGUGCUUACGACAGAAAAACAAAAUUUUUUACUUUUCGACAUGACAACACACCCGCUAAGCGACAAUGUGGUGAAAUGCCGUUUAGUGAAAAAGAUACAAGAUGCCGUGCUUUCCAAAUGGGUCAAUGAUCCGCAGCGUAUGGAUAAACGUAUUUUGGCCUUAAUAUUUUUGGCGCACGCUAGUGAUGUAAUUGAGAAUGCGUUUGCGCCGCUAAAUGAUGAUGACUAUGAAUUGGCCAUGAAGCGUGUGAGAGAAUUGUUGGAUUUGGACUUUGAGGCGGAGGCGGCCAAACCGAAUGCAAACGAAAUACUUUGGGCCGUAUUUAUGGCUUUCAGUAAAUAAAAUCCUGUUAAUUUUUAUGGGAUUGAAUGAUAAGCAAUCGCGUUAUCUGCCAAUGCCACACGUAAAUAUACAUAAACAUACAUACACAAUAUAGAAUACAGAGACACAACCCAAAAGAAAAAAAGGAUUUUUUAAUAUACAUAUGAAAAUAAUUAUGAUGAAUAAAUUUAUAUUAUAAAAUUAUCUAUUUUUUCUUGUGAAAAUCUAUACUUUUCCAUUAUUUACCAUUGUUAAAAGAGAGAGAGAAAAAAAAAUUAUAAAAAUAAAUAUAUACAUACAUAAUUUUACGAAAAUAGAUAAACAUUUUGAAAAACAAAUGAAAAGUGAAAAAUUUGAAUAUUUAAGUAUUUUAAAUUGAAGUCAUGUAGACAAUUUACGCUGAAAUUUAUAAAAAACAAAAAAGAUACCCAUAAUUUUUUGCAUAACUCACAGACAUGCAUAUAUACAUUCAUAUAUAAUAUUGUAUAUGUAUAUGUAAGCAAGAUAGACAAAAUAAUGAAAAUGCAAAAAUUAAAUUGAUCUUCAAAUUUUGUAUAGUUAAAAUAGCAAUUAUAAAAAUGAUGAAUUCAAAACACGACGCAGACUUAGUAUUUUGCUUAAGCAAUUAGUAAAGUCUACACAAAUUCCACAUACAUAUGUUGAGUAUUAGCAUAAUUUGGAAGUUUUUUUUAAUGGAAAAGUUUAACCAAAUUUUCUGCAUGAACUCCCGCGCAUUGGUUUUGAAUUUGGUUAAUAUGCAAAAUUUAGCUUAAAUGUCUAUGCAAUUUUUUCGAUGUCACAGUGUAAGCCACAAAAAAAAAGUAAGCAGACAUUUUUUU